AUGAGUAAUGGAGCUCCGGAAAAUUCUGAAUCUUCGAUCUCAAAUACUAAGAAGAUUACAAAUCUUCUAAAAGAAAUGAGUUUGGGAAAUCUGAUGAAUACAGCAGCAAACGUAAUUAAACCACAUAAAUUCUGGAAUACCCAACCAGUUGUUCAGAAUGAUGAUGAUUCCUUGGAUGAUUAUUCUUUUGGACCAAUUGAAAUUGAGCCUGACUCUUUCAGAAAGGAAAUAUACAAACUCCCUGAUGGUUUUUCUUGGUUCGACUGCAACUUAUGGGAUAUAGAGUCGCAAGAUUUUGAAGAUACCUACCAGUUAUUAAAAAACCACUAUGUUGAAGAUGACGACUCGCAAUUCAGAUUUAAUUACUCAAAGGAAUUUCUUAGAUGGGCUCUUUGUGUUCCUGGACAAAAAAAGAACUGGCUUGUUGGAGUUCGAGUUAAUGAAACAAAGAAGAUGGUAGGAUUUAUAUCAGCAAUCCCAAUCAAAGUUAGAAUCCAUAAUACAAUCAUGAGCACUUGCGUUGUUAAUUUCCUUUGUGUUCAUAAAAAGCUUAGAUCUAAAAGGCUUGCUCCUGUACUUAUUAAGGAAAUUACCAGAAGAGUUAGAUGCGAAAAAAUGUUCCAGUCAAUUUAUACUUGUGGAAAAAACAUUACUAAACCUUUUACUAUAGGUACCUAUUGGCAUCGUGUAAUUAAUGUAAAGAGAUUAUUAAAUACUGGUUUUAUUGGUGUCCCAAAAAAUAUGACCAUGAGUUCUUUAAUUAAAUAUCAUCGUAUACCCAGUGAUAAAAGACUAACAGGUUUUAGGCCCUCUGUGGAUUCAGAUGCAGAUAAUAUCUUCAAGUUGAUGGAAAGUUACUUUAAGAAAUAUAAAGAUGUGAGUGAUGAAACCAUGGAAAAUUUAGUUAAUUUUGAUGACAUCAACCAUUCAAAAGAGCUUGGAAAGCAAGCAUACAUUAAACUAGACAAAAUUCAAGACCUUGAAAACAAAAUUGUAAUUCACCAAUGCUUUAGUGUUGAAGAUAUCAAACACUACUUUACCAACAUAGAUAAUGUUAUUGUGACUUAUGUUCGAGAAAAUAAAAAUAAAGAGAUUACUGAUUUGUUUAGCUUCUUUAUUAUAGAAUCCACUGUUAUUAAUAAUGAAAAGUUUCCAACAAUCAAAAUUGCAUAUUCAUACUUUAAUGUUGCAAAUACCUGUUCAAUAACAGAAUUAUUUAAUGAAAUGCUUAUUACUGCCAAAGAUAAGGAUUGUGAUGCUUUGAAUGCACUGGAUUUGAUGCAAAACUCGCAAGUUCUUAAAGAUCAUAAAUUUAUUAUAGGUACCGGUAGAUUACGAUAUUAUAUAUUUAACUGGAAAAUACCUCAAAUCUCACCUUCUAAUGUUGGUAUUGUAUUAUUUUAG